AUGAUUUUGGAUGAUGCUUGGCGUAAUGUGGACGAUCGUCCGUCUUUGUCAUAUACUCGCCGGAUUACCAACGGUAGCCGAUGCCUGGCGUUGAUAAGACCGUCUUCAUGCACUAGUACGGUAACGGCGGAAAAUACCGACGGCGGGGACGAGACCCGUCUCUCUUCUCAUAACCCGCACUGUUGA